AAAGUCUCCUCCCCGCAACCGCUCCAUUCAGCGAUCCGAACCCAGUCUCUCUUGGACCGCUCUUUAACUUGAUCUCACGAACCUGCCAGUACCUCGUUGGGUACCGAGAGAUAGUUUGGAUCGGUCCCGUCACGGAUUGAGUACGAUUUGAGGCGGAUGGCGACUCCUUCAGCGAGAAUUUAGUAAAAGAAAAGUGCUCGAAAUUUUCAGAUGCAGUGGUAUUCUUGAUCUCAGCAUCCUGGAAGUGGAAAGUACGGAAGAGACUGGUCCUACACCACAUACAGGUGCAGUGUGUAGCAGAGGCAGUCCAGGAGAAGGGAGACUUGGGGAGGAGGUGGUGCAGCAGCGCACCCCUCCGGCUGUGGCUGUGCUGGGUGGCAUCCCUGCGGCUACGCAGAAUGUGGCCGGGCCACCCCAGCAUGCCCUGCAGCCGGUCGCAGCUGCCCUCCUACUACCACCACUGGUCGGCCCUGCCACUGAGUCAGAGCAGCAGAAAGCAGACACAGAGGCUGCAAGUGAAGAGCAGAGCACCACAGUGGCUUGGCAAAACUGCAACACCAAGGAGCCUGAGGACUACUCCACCUUGGAUUUCAAUACUGAGGCUGUCCAAAGACAACUGGUGUCAGCUGAUUUUGGAGACAUACAGAAUCUCUCACACGGACUUUCUGUUUGUGAGACAGACCGGAUUAAAAAAGGCCAGGAUUUACAUUACGGGUGUGAUACUGAGAAAACAAGCCUUGCAGACAGGGAGACAGACAUGGCAGAGAGCACAGGCAUGGGCCACUGCCAAGACUGGACUCUUAGCACAGACAUUACAGGGGAUCCUGUUGAGAUGGAAAAGGGACGACUGGCUCCUGAGAAAGUAUAUCUGGGGCUCAAGUCAAAGACUGGUCAGGAGCAAUUGUCUGGAGCUCAGCACACAGCUGGAGGGAGCACCCAAAUCUCUCUAUCUCAGUCCAGCUCAACGGUCUCUACUGCAGAUAAAGCGACAGACAGAGAUCAUAAGCAACCUGGAGAUUCGGAGCCGUGCCAGAGUGCUCCACUUACAGCAACAAUUAUCACUGCUAGAAAAGAGACAUCCAGUGAGCUUAAUAAUACCAAGAAUAGCAUGGAUGAAAUCACAAAGCAGGAGAGCAUUUCUUCAGGUACAAAACCAGCUGAGAAAGAGGGGCAAGCAUUCAGUGGAUCUCACCCAAAUGCAGAAGGCUCGACAACAAAGCAAGAAAAACUUCUGUCUAAGUUGUCUGUUCCCACUGACAAUGGAGAUGGCAGUCCAAAAGACACUGAUGAGGGUGAUGGAUACCUUCCUAAAUGCCUCCAACAGCCUCUCCUUGCUUCAGUGGAGAUUGACUUGGCCUCUGUUGCACAAAGAACAGCUAUCCCUAAUGCUACCUUCCCUCACAAAAUGCCUGUUCCCUCCAAUCACCCUGGAAAUGCACAGGCUACAAAAGAGAACCAGCUGAGCCCAGACUAUGUGAAUUGCGGUGGAGCCUCCAAACCUGUUUUAACAGGGAAUGAGACUAGUGCUAGUGGGGAGCAGGAGAAUAAGACUCCGUCUUUAGACGGAGGUCUGUUUGGCAGCGUGGCUGUUACGGAAGUACUUUAUGAUAUUUCUGUUGAAGAACCAAAGGUGCCGGGGGAUGUGACGUGCACUCACAAUGUACAGGCCCCCAAAGUGACUGAAGGGUCUCAUGUAGUGGUUUGUGGCCCUACAGAUGUGGUUGUUAAACAAAAUGACUGUGCCAACAGCAUACAAGUGACUCUUUACCCAGAUCGCCAACCCGACGGGAGCAGUCUCUCCCACACAGACAGAUGUACACCUUCAGAGGGACUAGACUCAGAUCAGCCAUGUCUCUCUGAAACCAGAAAUGAUCCUUUGAUCCAGCAAGGACAAGAAUCCAUUGCAACAGAUCGGAAGCUCUCACAGAUAAUAUGUGUAAAUGAUGGUUUUUCGGUGCCAGGUGGCAUAAAUGUGGAUGACAAGCAGACUGAGGGGUCAGAGGCGUUAUCUGGACUAAGCACUGUUGAGGUGAAAAAUUUCAUUGAUGUUGGUAUUCUAAUGCAGCCAGGUAUGGAGGACACAUGGUUAGUUGUAAGUGAGUCUUCUCCUCUGAUGGACGGGCAGUGUGCUAGCACCGAGGAUGCUGACAUGAUGGACGUUAGCACAGAAGCCAUGGUGCAUUGUCCUGAAACUCAGUCGUCUGUUGCUGUCUAUGAGUGCACGGUGCCCUGUUUCCCCUCAGACACUAUUCAUGAAGAUGUUAAGCUGCUGUUGCCAGAAAGAGGAGAGGAAGAUUCUGCAAAUAAACAUUCUCUUGAACCUUUAACAGAAACAUUUAUAGGGAAGCUUGGUACUUUGUCCUCUCAUUCCCAGAGUGUUUUUGCUUCACAAAAUACUUCAUCUUGCCCAACAACUGUAACUUCUAUGGAAACAUUAACUACUGCGUCCUCCACUCAAAGAGAAAUGUGUCAUUCAAGUUGCAUGCAAAAUAUGGUUCCAAAGCCUGCAGUCUGCUCUACAGUUGAGAGCACUUUUACCAUGUCUGAUCCUAAACUAAUCAACACAACUUCCGCUGUGCAAGAGGAAGAAGUCAAGUUGACAGAAAAGAAACCAGAUGUGUCCCAUAUUUCACUUCCAUCUGGUGUUAUUGAUCCAAAGCUGCUCAUCUUGAAGAGAGGUGAGACUCCUCUCCUUAAACAUCCUUCUUCUAUAUUAGCUAAGGUUUCCAGAAUCCAGGACCCACAUGUCCAGUCUGGCACCCCCAGUGAUGGCUCAGUCUCUGUAGAGUGCCUUUUUGAAAAUGACUCAGCUGUACAUGAAGGCACAGCUGGUCCAUCUGAAAAGGAGCCCCUCGCGCCUCCCUGCUUUUCUGCCCCAAACAACCCCCUCAAUAUUACUGGUUCAUCCUCGAAGGAUGAGCUUAAAAAAGAGGCCUUAACUGAAUCGGCAUAUUCCCUAGGACUUGAAGACCAGAUUCCCCAAUGUGAGCCUCUCUCUGCUUCAUCUACCCCAGCUCAGACCCAUAAUUCGCUUGUCCUGCCUCCAUCUUCAGGCAGUGCAUGGAGCAGCGUGUGCAGUGCCAUCGCUGAGCGGAAUCAGUCUAAACAAUCUCCUGCCAACCAGCCAUGCCAAGAUUCCAUGUUGUUGGGGGGCGAGUUGGAGGUGGAGGAACAGCACUCACCAGUUCAACAUUUGGCAGAAACAAAGGAUGCUCAACACAACACACCAGGGCAGUUUGAUGCUUCUAUAGGAGAGAGCAGUGAUGGAGAGGCAGACAGUUCUAUGGAAGCCCAGACAGAUGACAGUAUGGUUAUGUCCAGUUCAGUGCAAAACAAGCGUGGACAGAGCAGGACAGACAGACAGGCCUUUUUAUCAAAGGUUCGACAGUGGAUAGCUGGCAGAGCCACAGCAGGCUCUACUCCCUCCACAUCUCGUACACCAUCUCCACCUCCUGCAUCAUCAUCAGGUGACUGGACCCAACUUCAUUCAGACAAGGCUGCACCCUUUUGUAGCUCUCAUGGCAAACAAACGCCUUCUUCCCAUAACUCUGGCGGAGCCUCUCAGUCAGAUCAAAUGCUUGCCCAGCGGCCUCGCUCAGAGAAGCACACUGACAUGGCAGAGUUGGCCAAGCAUGAAGCAGAGAUUGAACAUCGGACACUUGCUCUGAAACGAGAAGGAUUCUGGUCCCUAAAAAGAUUGACUCGUGUGACAGAGCCAGUCCGGCCUAAGGUGCACUGGGAUUACCUCUGUGAGGAGAUGCAGUGGCUUUCUGCUGAUUUUGCACAGGAGAGACGGUGGAAGAGAGGUGUGGCCAGAAAGGUGGUGCGGAUGGUCAUGCGUCAUCAUGAGGAGCUAAGACAGAAAGAAGAGCGAGCAAAGCGUGAAGAACAGGCCAAACUGAGGAGAGUUGCUGCAUCCAUUGCGAAGGAGGUCCGCGCUUUCUGGAGCAGUGUUGAGAAGGUAGUGCAGUAUAAACAGCAGUCUCGUCUAGAGGAGAAGCGCAAGAAGGCCUUAGAUCUCCAGUUGGACUUCAUUGUUGGCCAGACAGAGCGCUAUUCAGACCUGCUCAGUCAGUCUCUGCAAGCCGUACCUGCAGUCAGUACCAGUGUUACCCCCCAGUACUCUCAACCGAAUGCUACAGAUGAGGAUGAUAGAGACUUUGAGCCUCCAUGUGAGGAGGAGGAUGAUGAAGAGACUAUUGAGGUGGAGGAGCAGCAAGAAGGAAAUGAUGCAGAGACACAGAGAAGGGAGAUAGAGUUGCUGAGACAAGAGGGUGCACUUCCCUUAGACCAGCUGCUCAGCACCCUCACUCUCCCCCAGCACUCUGCUACAGAAGAUGAAGCUUCAGACGAUUCUUCCUCUGCAGUUGAGGAUGAGGACAAAGAGUUUUCAGCUAAUGAGGAAGAUGCGGAAGAUGUUGAGGACACCAUUGAAGCCCAGGAAAGAGUUGAGGGAGAUGGAGAUCAUGCAGAGGAACUUGAUGACUUGGCGAAAGAGGGUGAGAUGAGUAUAGAUGAACUGUUGGAGAAGUACAGAGGGGCAUAUGCUUCUGACUUUGAAGAGCCCUCAGCAUCACCAGAUUCUUCAGAGGAGUCUGAGGGCACUGAAGAAGAGGAAGAAGAAGAGACUGAAGGGGAUGACAGCAGGGACGACAGUGGCACAUCAGAUUCAGCUGCAGCUGAAGAUAGUGAUGAAGAGGAGGAAGCUGAAGCAGAAGAAAGUGAUGAUGAUGGAGGAGAAGGAAUGGAGAUUUUAUUGCGGGAGGGAGAUCACAGCCCCUCUGUGUCGACAUCUCCACGUCCUAAAAAGGAGAUCAGCCAUAUAGCUGCUACUGCUGAGAGCCUACAGCCUAAAGGAUACACCCUGGCCACAACAAAGGUGAAAACACCUAUUCCGUUCUUACUUCAUGGAAAUCUGCGUGAAUACCAGCACAUUGGACUAGACUGGUUGGUCACCAUGUAUGAAAAGAAGCUCAAUGGUAUCUUGGCAGAUGAAAUGGGACUUGGUAAAACAAUUCAGACUAUUGCUUUGUUGGCGCAUCUGGCCUGUGAAAAAGGUAACUGGGGACCUCACCUGAUCAUAGUUCCCACUAGUGUGAUGCUGAACUGGGAGAUGGAGUUGAAGCGCUGGUGCCCCGGCUUCAAAAUCCUAACUUACUAUGGCAGCCAGAAAGAACGUAAACUCAAGAGACAGGGCUGGACGAAACCCAAUGCAUUCCACGUGUGCAUCACUUCAUAUAAGUUGGUUUUACAAGAUCAUCAGGCCUUCAGACGCAAAUCUUGGAGGUACCUUAUUCUGGAUGAGGCUCAGAACAUCAAAAACUUCAAGUCCCAACGCUGGCAGAGUCUGUUAAACUUCAACAGUCACCGGCGUCUGCUGCUCACUGGUACUCCCCUGCAGAACAGUCUGAUGGAGCUGUGGUCACUCAUGCACUUCCUUAUGCCACAUGUCUUCCAGUCCCACCGUGAGUUCAAGGAGUGGUUCUCCAACCCGUUGACUGGCAUGAUCGAGGGCAGUCAGGAGUAUAAUGAAGGGCUUGUCAAAAGGCUGCACAAGGUACUGAGGCCUUUCCUCCUGCGGCGUAUUAAAGUAGAUGUGGAGAAACAAAUGCCCAAAAAGUAUGAGCAUGUUGUGCGUUGUCGCCUCUCCAAAAGACAGCGCUUCCUCUAUGAUGACUUCAUGGCACAGGCAUCUACGAGGGAGACUCUGGCCAGUGGCCACUUCAUGUCUGUGAUCAACAUCUUGAUGCAACUGCGUAAAGUAUGUAACCACCCCAAUCUAUUUGACCCACGGCCUAUCCAGUCCCCCUUUAUCACUGAGCCCAUCAUCUACUCCACUGCCUCCCUGGUCCUGCACACCUUGGAGACCUCGCCUUUCCAACGCUGUGAACUCUCGAUGUUUGACCUGGUUGGUCUGGAGGGGCGCAUGUCACGAUACCAAGCAGACAUCUACCUUCCUCGCAGGAAAGUGAAUCACCAGCUGAUUCAGGAGAUCAUGGAGUCCCCUGAGCCUCCACCCAGACCCAAACCUGUUCGCAUGAAGGUGAACAGGAUGUUCCAACCGCUUCCCAAGUCUGAAGGACGUUCAUCAGUGACUACAAACAGCCCACGGCCCUCAUGUCCUGUCUCUGCUGCUGUCCAUCCUCCACGCCCCCCUCUAAUAACAGAGGUCACGCCCACUCAGCCUCCUGUACCAUCAGCAUCACAAGUGUGUCCAGUCACUCCUGUUGCUGCUCCACGAGCUCCGGUGUGUCCAAGCGGUUCCUCCACUGGGGCUGCAGUCAGGCCCAGCGUUCCCCAACCAGUCCUGGCUGUUCGGCCCUCAGCACCCUCCAGCACCCAGACAGUGUCUGCUUCCCCUCAAUCCCCCAGCAACGUCAUGACACAGAGAGUCCUUCUAAGCCCUGAUAUGCAGGCUAGAUUACCAUCUGGAGAGGUGGUCAGCAUUGCCCAGCUGGCCUCUUUAGCUGGCCGUCCGGUCUCAUCCAGUCAGGGCAGUAAACCAGUCACCUUCCAGCUCCAGGGCAACAAACUCACCCUCUCUGGCGCCCCACUACACCAAGUGCCUGUGCCCCAGCCACGCCCCAUUCAAGGAAAUGUAAUGCAUCUGGUAUCCAGCGGUGGGCAGCACCACCUUAUUAGUCAGCCAGCUCAGGUGGCAGUCCUUCAUACAGUUAGUCAGUCAGGUAACAGCUCAGCAAAUCCCAGCCCAGGCAGCACAACCCCAACCUGCUCUGGACUAGCAGUACCCCUCACUGCUGCUCAAGUACCAUCAACAAUGGUAAGCGGACCGGGAAUUGUUAAGAUUGUUGUGCGCCAGGCAGCAGGCAAAGAGGCUGGGCAGGUUCCCACUCUGGCUGUGGCCCCAUCCCCUCGUGUUGCCCCCCCACAGUCUGUCUUGCUUCAUCCACAUGGUACCCCAAGCCCUGCUCUCCGACCACCUACUCCUCAGCAGACUCCCCAUCGGUCUCCUGUUUAUGCUGCACCACCUCGAGCUCCUACCUCGGGCCCAAGCCAACCUCCAUCCACCCGCCCAAUGCUCAAGGUGGUACAGGGAUCGUCAUCAAGCACAGGGCUAGCUAAGAAUGCUUCAUUAGGGCGUGAGGAGAGCAGUAGUGAUGUCACCCUGCGAAUGGGCAAUCAUAAGCCUACAUCCUCGUCUCAGAACAGUACAACUGUAUCUCAGCGUGCUCGAGUCCAGCCUCCACCUCCACCACGAUCCCCUUUCUACAUGUCAUGGCUUGCAGACCGGCGUAAGACUCAGAGAGAUGCCCGGAUCUCUCAAAUUAUUCGAGUCAAUGAACUGCAUAGCAAUGCCAAACCAGUGUAUGGGCGAGAGGUUUUGGACUUUCUCACCUUCCUCCCAGGCCACAGUCCCAUCCCUGCCCGCCCUGUUAUUAACAUGUGGAGCCACUCCGGAUACAGUUCUUGUCUUGCUGCGCAGUCAAAGUAUGUGAGUGACCAUGUGGACCAGAGCAAAAUUCUCCAGAAAUCCAUUCAUAAUUGUGAAGAGAGGCUUCAGCUGCUGUCUGAAGUCAUAGACAGGUUCACGUUUGUCAUUCCUCCAGUGGAGGCCAAGCCCAUCACCAUGCACUGCUGCCACCCCCCUCCUUCUCUCAGCCACCAGCAAGCUCUUUUUUCCUCAAUGCUUUCUACCCACUUUUCUCCUCUUAUGGAUACCUUGCACCGUAUCCAGCGCAAUAUGCGAACCCAAUUUCCUGACCUGAGACUUAUCCAGUAUGACUGUGGUAAGUUGCAGACCCUCCAUCAUCUGCUGCGGAAACUGAAGACUGAAGGUCAUAGAGUGCUCAUAUUUACUCAGAUGACUCGCAUGCUGGAUGUGCUCGAGCAGUUCCUCAAUUACCAUGGACACAUUUACUUACGGCUGGAUGGCAGCACACGAGUGGAGCAGAGACAGGCCUUGAUGGAGCGCUUUAACGCAGACCGACGCAUCUUCUGUUUUAUCUUGUCCACUCGUAGUGGUGGUGUGGGUGUAAACUUGACAGGGGCUGACACAGUAGUAUUCUAUGAUAGUGACUGGAAUCCCACCAUGGAUGCCCAGGCCCAAGACCGCUGCCACCGUAUUGGGCAAACUAGAGAUGUUCAUAUCUACAGGCUUAUCAGUGAGCGGACUGUGGAGGAAAACAUCCUGAAAAAAGCCAACCAGAAGAGGAUGUUGGGAGAUAUGGCAAUUGAAGGGGGGAAUUUCACCACUGCCUUUUUUAAACAGCAAACUAUCAGAGAGUUGUUUGAUGUGUCUGAGGGAGAGAAGAAGGAGGCUGAAUCAAGUGUAUCUCCAUCAGAUGAUGAAGAGGCCAUCAAUAAACAACAAACUAAUAUUUUAGAGCAGGCCUUGUGUCGUGCUGAGGAUGAAGAGGACAUAGUAGCAGCUUCCCAGGCCAAAGCAGAGCAGGUAGCUGAGCUAGCAGAAUUUAAUGAAAAUAUUCCUUUGGAUGAUGGUGAGAGCAGAGACCAGGAGGAGGAGGAGCUUUCCAAGGCGGAGCAGGAAAUUGCAGCUCUAGUUGAACAGCUCACUCCCAUAGAGCGAUAUGCCAUGAAUUUCCUGGAGGCAUCUCUUGAGGAUAUUUGCAAAGAAGAACUGAAACAGGCAGAGGAGCAGGUUGAAGCUGCAAGGAAAGGACUAGAUCAAGCAAAGGAGGAAGGUCUGAAACUGCAUCAGUCAUCUGAUAAUGAUGAAGAGGACUCCGCACCACCCAGUCCUGAGGAGCAUCUUCCAGCUCGCCGUGCACGCAAACACAAAGAGAAAGGUGCUCCGUCUACGAGGGUCAGUGGUAGGCUUAGAGGAACACCUGCUAAAACGGAUGAUGUGUCCUCAACACAUCCAUCGCCUGACAGAGAGAAAGGGAAGAGGGGUGAGACACUGACAUCUGAGCAUAGUGGGAACCGUUCCUCUGGGUCCAGCUUGAGCCUCAAGUCUCCCCAGCCCAGAGAAGUGCCUGAAAGACUCCGUAGUAGUGCACGGGGGAGAGGAACAACCAAAGAACACGUGGCCUCCCCAGCUCCCACCCAGGCAGAUAAUGUGAUGCCCCAAACUGAUCAGCACGCCUCAGAUUCUGGACAAUCUCCAACACAUGAUUUGGUCUCCAAAUCCAAACUGGCACCAUCCCCACAUCACCAACCUCCCUCUCCAUCUGGUCCAGUGCCUUCAGCAGCUGCCUCUCCAUCAGUGGACAGAAGCUCAAGUGGACUUACGUCUACACUGGCAGCAGCACACAGAGAAGCAGAUGAUGAGCAUGGAGUAGAGGUACAGUCAUAUAGUUCUCAGCAGGAUGUAAAAGAGAGAGAGAGGGGGGCAUCUGUAUCUUCAGACUCCAUCUGCUCUCCAGAACACCAGCCUGAGCAGGAUAACCAACCCUCACUCUUUUCUUCACUGGCAUCUCCGCACCCACGUUCACCACGCAAGCGGCAGACUGCUGAUGGAGAGGUCCUCAAGGGCCUUCCAGAAGAUUCCCCGUCUGCUAAGGUCCUUAGAAAGCUACCUGGCCGCCUGGUUACUGUAGUUGAAGAGAAGGAACCAAGGCGGAGGAAGAGGGGAAUGAGUGGAAGUGGUGGAAUACAGACUGAAGGUUCGUCAGAAGAGAUGGAACACUCUGAGUCAGCCCAAGACACAGCCUCCCACUCUCCAGCCUCCCACUCUCCUGAUCAAGCAAGUCAGUCUCUGAAAGAUAAGCCUCUUCCUAAAUCACCUUCCACAUCUCCUCCUCAGCAGCAAGGACAGGACCAGGUCUCACCAUCUUCAUCACUUUCAAGUCCAGGGAGAAGUUACCAACCUUACUCUCCUACACAUUCGCCAGAUAUGCCCGUCCUUCGCAACUUGCCAGUGCGCCGGCGCCUGGAGACAGAGUCUCGUAUGGCUGCUCAGUUAGGAGAACAGUAUGCAGGUAAAGGCAGAGGGCUAGACAGACGCACCCCUCUAUCACCAAAGAAACAGGACCCUAAUUUGUCUAAGGAAAGCACUACCAGCCCCCCUGUUGCUUCUGAUCCCAAUGCUACUAAUUCUGUGUCUGUGAAGCGUAAACGGGGUAGACCCCCCAAAACUGCAUCUAAACCAGCAGAACUCGCAGAACAGGAAACAACUGGGGUCCAGGACUCAAGGAGUGAAGAACAGAGUCCACCCCUCUCACCAAAACGAAAGAGGGGCCGCCCUCGCAAAGGUUCCAGCACAAAUAUUGCACCGACUGGUAAAUCUGGACAAGAGGAAAAUUGUCUUGCAACAUUAUCCGGAAGUCUUUCACAGGAAAAUCUUCCGUCUCUAAACCUUAACUCGCCUAGUUCCAGUAUUGAACCUUUAAUUUUGCCCUCUGUUCCUGAGUGCAUAGGAGUAAGCUCUUUAGCUGAUGUCCCUUCUGCAUCAUCUGAAUUCACCCCACUUCCUAAAACAGACUCUAAAACCACUCAGUCUACUACACCCAUUCCUCCAUCUCCAACACCUGUUGAAUCGCAGAUACAGCUAACGGAUACUUCAGAAAUCUCAGUGAAGGCUGAGCACACCAGCCUGAUAACUACAGCUCCCCACUCUAACUCUCUAACCAUAUCAGCUGCAACCCUUUCAACCCUUCCUACAGCAAAUGUUAGUCAGACCAACACAAAACCUUCACCUUCACUGCAGCCUGCCGCUAUCCCAAGCGAGACCAGUGCUAGCUGUGCCCCUGUACUAGCCCAAGAACCUUCAGUUUCAUCUCUGUUCUCAGUUUCUCAAAACAGUCAAGUAACAACUUCUUCACAGCCAUCAGCUGUAGCAAGCAACAGCGCUACUUCAGAGUUAUCACUAAAAUCUAAUAAGACUGCAACUCUCCCACAAAUUUCAACUACGUCUACUGAAUUGGUGUCACAGCCUUCUCCUGAGAGCAAGGUAGCAACUGCAAGCCCUCAAGAAAUAUCUCAUAUUCCAACUGUAUCUAAAACAUCUUCACAGUCUUGCCCUCCAUCUGCACAACUAUCCCAUGAGGUAUCAUCUGAACCUGUUUUGAGCCCUGGUUCCCCUCCGCCAUCACCAAAAUGCGACUUGACUGAGCCUUCUCUUGAACCUAAUGUACCACAAACCCCACAACAGCUGACACCUAAUCCUAAUGCUCCUGCUCCUUCUCAGUCUCAACCUAAGCCUGAACAAACAGUUCUAGCCCCUGUACCUUCCUCACCAUCACCCAACCAAAGGACAACAGAUCCUCCUCAGCCUUCACUGGCUUCCAGUGAGAGAACCAUACAAAGGCCUCUGUCCCCUGCAGAGCAACCUGAAACUGAGAAUCAGCAAGGCUCGGAUGUAUCAAAAGAGGAUGGCGUAAUUGAAAGUACAGAGAAAAUGGAGGUGGAGCCCUUUGGAAAUCCUGAGCAAGUAGACAAAGAUGAUACUCAGGUCAAAAGGAGGGUAGCGAAUUUGCCAAAGGAUCAAAUGUCUGAUGCAUCGCUACCUGCAUCCUCAGAAGUAAAAUCUGCACCUGAAAAGGAUGCAGCUGAGAAGCCAGUAGAGGAAGAGAGUCUAACAGAAGAACAAGAAAGAAGAGCUUCAGGCAAGAAAAGAAGCAUUAGCAGACAAAGCAGUCAAGAAUCUGUCCGGUCCUCCUCUCCGUCCUCUGUUUCUUCCUGUGGGACACGCUCAUCUCGGUCAAAAAAGGCUGGGGAGAGUAGGAUGCCUGCAAAGAGAAAACGAGUGGAGACAGACUCAGAAAAAGAGAGCACAGACAAAGGGACUGAUAAGGAGCCAGUGACAUCUGCAAGAAGACAGUGUUCCAACUCCUCCACCUCUUCUUCAGACUCUGAGGACUCUUCUAGCCCAAAGAGACGCCUUACUCGCUCAUUACAAAAAAGCUUGGAGAAAGAGAACAGGAAUGACAAAGGUGAUGAGAGAUGUAGUAGGCGGUCAGACAAGAAGGGUUAUCAGGCCAACAAAGAGGAGGAGUCUAGAGGAGCGACUCCAGUUAGGGUAACCCGUAAAUCCACAGGCUCACAGCCUGCUUCACAGCUGAUGACUCCAACCUCCCCUGAGCCUGAGGUACUGGGCAAACGUUGCUCGGCCCUCAAUGCUGCUGCCAAGCUCUUGGCUAUGAGAGGAAGGGGACCAGAUACACCAAGUCCUAGCUCCAAGGGUAAGGCAUUUGGGCAGCAACAGGCAUCUGAAAAAAGCAAGGGCAAGCCAGGACAGGACUCCUCAAGGACAAAUUUAGUUAAUAAUAAAACAGGUAGUGGUCAGCAAACUCCUACUCGUUCAUCAGAUCCUUCACAGUCAACCACUGCAACAAAUCUUUCUGCUGCCCGCUCCACACGGCAACGACCAGGCAACCUUGUGCCUCCUUUGGAAGCUGAAAAUAAGAGGGCUGAAAACAAGAGGGCCAAAAAAGAAGAAAAGAAAAAAACUGCUGACCACAAGGAAGAAGUGGAGGAUGAAAACAAAGAAACAAGGUCUUCAAGAGGCCACAGUGCCUGCAGUAGCAUAAGCAGUGAAAGAGGGCCAGGCAGCAGUGGGAGCCGGAGUAGCAGUAACAGUAGCCAGUGCACUCGUAGCCUGAGCUCACGGAGCACGGGGCCGCUGCGCUCUCGCUCAAGAGCUCCUUCCUCGAGCAGUGACACAGAGAGAGGCAAAAGCAGGCAGAAAAAGACUGGAGAUAACAGAGGUCGUGAAAGCAGGAGAGAGAGGCAGAAGCAUGAGAAGCCAGAGCGGAGCGCUGGAUCUAGUGAGGGAACUCCUGAUAGGGUGCUUCGGAGCGUAGCUGCACUUGCAGCAGCCCAGGCUCGCACUCCAGCCAGCAACACCCGCUCCUCGACGUCCCAACAACGGCACUCCAAGACUUGAUCAGGACAUGAGAUGGAACUGUAAGCUGGUGGAAAUAACAAAAGAAAUGCAGUGACGAGGAAAGGUUUUACUGGUUUUUAUAAACGGGGAUCAAUUGUAUAACUUGCCAUACUUUAAUGUUGUUGGCGAGGAGAGAUCAAAUUGUGAGUCUGUUGCACUUUGUGACAAGCUGAACUUGCUUUUGGUGCAUUCUCAACUAUGUCAAGUUAAGCCAUCUUCAGUGUGGAGAGGGAGCAUAGAUACAGACAGAUGGGGCAAAAAGGGUACCCAUUAAAAUGUGGCAUUGCAGUCCUGGUGAUGAGAUCAUAAGGACAGUACCUCACCGUACCAUAAGGACUUUGGAAAGCUGGGCAAGGGGCAAGAGUUGUUAGUAGUUCACACUAUGUACUGUAAUCAUUUAAAGACUGGAAUACUAAAAGAAAUAUGUGUUAAGAUGGGUCACUUAGGUUGUACCCUUUAUACAGAGUUUACUUGUGCUGCAGGGGCGGGGUCACGAAAAGUCAUUUAUGCUACAUUCGGAAGAUUGAGUGGGAUUGUACAAUUGUUAUAAUGUUUUUAAACAGUUGGUUUGUGACAAAAUGUUUGCCAGCUGUUGACUAUUGUUUGUUUCAAGUCAGUUGAUAAAUUAAGAAAAUUCUGUGGUUUCUUCCAGGGUAUGAAGAAGAGAGCAGGUCUGUAAAUGUGAUUUUUGCUGCACUAUGCUGGAGUUAGUCUGCUCAGACCUCUUUGUCUUGUAUUUUUUUUUCCCUGUCCAUUACUUUUAAGUCCAGCCUGCAUUUUUCCAUUUGCACAUCUCACAUGAUGUCCCUGGCAUUUGAGUGCAUUGUGAUAGUUUUUUUAAAUCCUUUUCAAUCAGAUUACUUCUCUACUGGUACCUCACAAUGUUUAUGUAUAGCUCUUGAGUUUGUGAUGAAUCUUGAAGUCUGCUUGUCAUUUGCUUUCUGGCAAUAUGGAUAUGAGAGGCAGCCUCAUUUUUUUUCACUGUUCUUUCCAAAGUAUUAGUCAAUAUGGUCUACUCAUUAAAUUUUGUCAGACAGUCUCAAAUCAGUGUGACAAAGUGAGAGUGCCUGCUGAUCCACAUCGGAGGGGAUCUCUGUAUGCCUUGUUAAGGAAAGAAGUUUGGGCUUCAAACAUUUUUAGUGUUCAAAGUGUAAUAAAGACAUUUCCAUCCUAAACCACAGGAGGUGUGUUCUUGUUGAAGUGCAACCAAAUUGAAAACACCUCUCAAGUGUAAAUCGCUAUUGUCAUCUGUUUUUCUUAAAAAUUGUCCUUUUUAUGGCAAGAUUAAAUGCAAAUACUCCUGCAAGAACCUUCAGAGAUUUUUUCCUUUCUUUUUGUUUCGGUUGAACCUUGGCUGUAAAUUGCUGUCUUUGUCCCAUUUUGGGGGUAGAGACUUAUUUUGGGGUAUGGGUAGAAUGUGGUGAUGGUCUUAUUUUUAUUUUGUUUGUCUCUUCUAAUUUGUUACAUUCCUAAUGUUCCCUUGUAAUUCCACAUUGUUUUACUUGAAAGAUUGAAACAACAAAAGUCGGUUGAAUAAAAAGACCAAAAAAUAUA